UCUGUUUUGUUGCCCUAAGCCAUCUUCCACGCCGAAACUGCAGAGGAACUCGUGACGCGUCCAAACCGUCGGCUCCCCGGUGCAAGUCGUCGUAGGCUCGUAGCUCACCACCGUCCGCCGCCGCAUCCUCUUCGACUUCGUCUUCCUCCCCUGCCGCCGCACUCCACAGCAAGCUACGAAGCUCAAGGGCCUGUUUAUUUAAGCGUACAAGUACGUUUUCUACAACCACAAAAUCCCAAGCGACGUUGCGCUUGACAGCUGAAGAUGAGCAUCCAUGGAGACGGCGCCGGCGACUACGAGUCUGACGAAGAAGGAGAGGUGUUCUUGGACGAGGAUGAUAUCAUCCAGGAGAUCGCCAUUGACGAGGAAGAUCUUCCCGACCGGGAUGAAGAGGUGGGCUCGGACGGUGGUAUGGUGGAAGAAGCUGAUGAUUCUGUGUUUGUCUUCAGGGGCCAUUCAGACGAAAUAUAUACUGUUUCAUGCAGUCCAACAGAUGCAUCUCUUGUUGCUACUGGAGGUAAAGAUGAUAGAGGAUUUUUCUGGAAAAUUGGUUCAGUGGAUGCCAGUCUAGAGCUCCGAGGUGCUGUUCUUAUGCAAGAAAAGAGGCCAAUUGCCUACUUCAGUGAGAAACUCAAUGGUGCAGCGUUGAACUACUCAACAUAUGACAAGGAGCUCUAUGCAUUGGUGCGAGCUUUGGAGACAUGGCAACAUUACUUGUGGUCCAAGGAGUUCAUUAUUCACACGGACCAUGAGUCACUAAAGCAUUUGAAAGGCCAAGGUCAUCAAGAUACUGUUUCUACUGUGGCCUUCAGUUUUGAUGGACAAUUACUUGCAACUGGAAGCUUUGAUGGGCAUGUUCAUAUAUGGGACACUAGUUCAGGUAGUCUUAAGUUUACACUUGAAGGUUCUGGAGAAGGCUUUGAGUGGCUUAAGUGGCACCCAAGAGGGCACUUGCUAAUAGCUGGUUCAGAAGAUGCAAAUGUGUGGAUGUGGAAUGCUGACAAAGGUGUCUGUCUCAAUACAUUUUCUGGUCAUGGAAGCACUGUCACGUGUGGUGAUUUCACUCCUGAUGGUAAGAUCAUUUGUACUGGUUCUGAUGAUGCAUCACUGAGGAUAUGGAACCCUAAGACUGGAGAGUGUUUCCAUGUUGUUAAAGGGCAUCCAUACCACACUGAUGGAUUGACAUGCUUAUCAAUAACCUCUGAUUCUACUAUUGCAAUCACGGGCGCAAAGGAUGGCUCUGUUCACUUGGUGAACAUAACAAUUGGACGGGUAAUCAGCUCAUUAAGUUCUCACACGGCCUCUGUGGAGUGCAUUGGGCUUAAACCAAAUGCACUUUGGGCGACAACAGGUGGGAUGGAUCUGAAGCUCAUUAUAUGGGAUCUGCAAAGCUCUUCAGUGCGAUGCACGUGUGAUCACGAGGAAGGAGUGACGAGCCUCACAUGGUUGGGCACAUCUCAGUAUGUUGCAUCUGGUUGUGUCGAUGGAAAGGUGCGAAUCUGGGACAGUCUUUCAGGUGGCUGUGUCAGAACCUUCAGUGGCCACGCAGAUACCAUCCAAUCUCUUGCUAUUUCUGCCGACGGGAACUCCCUCGUCUCGGUUUCAGACGAUGGCACAGCCCGUGUUUUCUCAAUCUCAGAGUUCAAAUAGAAGUUUUCAAUAUAUGGCUCGUGCUUUCCAUAGUGUAAAAUAUAUGAAUGCAAGCUUUUUAAAGGUCCUGAUGAUACAACAACAUAAUGUCGGAGCUGAAUUCGAUCGACCUUAUUUAUAGCUCGAGUGUCCAUGGUUGUAGAGCAAACAAGAAGGGGAGUAUCAAAAGAUUGUUUCGCAUUAUAUGAAAUUUCAUUCAAUAUGUAUGCCUUCCAAUGUGCAAUUAUCAUAUAUUUAUUUGAACUACUAGUUGGAUUGAUGGGCAAA